AGUUAACAGAGCAGGAGUGAAUGGAUGAGAGAUGUGUAGAGAACCAGGAGACACUGUGGCGGAAAGAUGCCAAAAUAAAUCUGUCAGGAUUUGACCAUUCAGUUGCUCAAUAUGGGGAAAUAAGCAGGAAGUCAGUGUUGAGGAAGUACGGUGACGUUCUGUCAGCAUUCAGAUCAUCUCGUACGAGGAAUCAUGAGAUCAUUCACAAGCUGUCCGGCUACAGAGAUGGACCGGUUGGUUUGGCUUUCUCUGCUGCUCUCCCACCUGCCUGCGACAGAGAGCUGCAUAUCACAACCCAAUGAGACGAUCUGGAGGAAAACAGGACAAGCUGCUGUUCUUCACUGCACCAUGAGUGAUCCCUGCUCAGCUGGAGGCUUUCUGUAUCAAUGGUUUGCUUUUAACCAAAGUGGGCAUUUUCGCCUCGACCUGACUGGCGACAAGUACAACCUGGACGGAGCAUCUUUACACAUCAAGUCACUGCAGGCCAACGACAGCGGGAUCUACCACUGUGCUGUAGCAUCACAGGGACCAGAAACAUGUUGUAGACAGUAUGUAGGGAUGGGAACGAGUCUGAUGGUGAGAGAGCAUGCUGAAAUCAUGAUAGGACACAUUCUGCUGUCGCUGCUCAUCCUCUUAGCCGUCUACAGCCUGGUGAUCGUGAUACUUAUUGUCAGAAAGGGCGGCUGCAAAACCUGCGUCCACAGAAAGAUGAGCAGAAGUGACAAGAAUAACUCAAGUAAAAAAAUGCAGUUUCGUGACGUCCUACAAGAAAUGUAUAGCAGAACGAACCUGGAGAAAAGCAAAGAGACGGCAAGAGGAAACACUUCUCAUGUUGAGGCUGGAAACAGCGAGCUGGACGGCUCCACUGACGACAUCUAUCAGAACGUCUAGGUUUUAUUGAAGGACGUUAAACGACAGAUUCACACUUUCAUCAACCAGACUGAAAGGAAAUCUCAAAGUCACCAAACAGCUGACGGAGGAUAACGUUCCAUGACUGAACAUUUUCUACAAGUGAUACAAGUUAGCUCCGUUCGUUCAACUUUUCUCUGGAAAUGAGCCACAAGCAUCAAAACAACUGUGCUGAGUCAGUGUUUGCCGUCUGUAGCAUCCAAUAACAUAAUAACGGCCAAUGAUGUCAUAAAACCAGUAACGUAAUAACAUUUUGUCAAUAAUAACAAUUUGUAAUAAGUUAAUGCAUUAUUGGUUGGUCAUUAUGUUAAUGGUCUAGCAUUAAAAAAAUGUCCUGAAAAUGUAAUAGCUGCAGCUGAUAAUGUAAUAAUGCAAAUAGGACUGCAUUUCUUCUCUUGUAUAUACACUACUGUUCAAAAGUUUGGGGUCACAUACAAAUGCCCUUAUUUUUGAAAGAAAAGCAUUUUUUUUCAAUAAAGAUAACAUUAAAUGAAUGAUAAAUCCAGUGUAGACAUUGUUAAUGUGGUAAAUGACUAUUCUAGCUGGAAACGGUCUAUUUUUAAUGGAAUAUCUCCAUAGGGGUACAGAGGAACAUUUCCGGCAACCAUCACUCCUGUGUUCUAAUGCUACAUUGUGUUAGCUAAUGGUGCUGAAAGGCUCAUUGAUGAUUAGAAAACCCUUGUGCAGUUAUGUUAACACAUGGAUAAAAGUGGGAGUUUUCAUGGAAAACAUGAAAUUGUGUGGGUGACCCCAAACUGUUAAACAGUAGUGUAAGGAAGCCUAGAACAAGACAAAAGAUAGUUGUUCCAUUUGUAUUAUGAAGCUCUACAAGGCUGCUUGACCAACAGUGGUCUGAGUUUACACAUAAAACAGUUAUUUAAAGGACAGCUGAUGGAUGAAACCCUGCAUUCUUCACAGUAAUGUACAAAGUUAAGUUUCCUCAAAGUAGUAAUGUUAAUUUUAUGUUGAAAUGUUCCCCUUAAUUCAAUAUGUACAUAAACACUUCAGUUUUUUGGAGUUAAGUGCCGUUAUAGUGCCAUUCCAGUUGUUUUUAGGGUGUCUCCUGCCUUCGCCCUAAGUCCUAAUGAGGAUUAAGUGAUGUACAGAUAAUGGAUGGAUGGAUAUCUAAGCAAAUAAACAAUAUUCUAAAUAAAGAUGUUGUACAACAAAUAACUCUCAUAUUGGCUCUUACAACCACAAUUAAGGAGAGUGAGAGCCACAGGAUGAAUGACAACUAUGCUAUCCCACUAUGGCUGUUUUUGAUGAGCAAACUGCACAAAAACUGCAAAAAAUCUUCUAUUUCCAAGAAAUGCAGAAUUAUUUCAGUAUUACAUUUUAAGAGUUUUUUUUAAAUUAAUGCUAGUCCAUAAUAACCGACCAAUAAUGUAAUAACUUAUUACAUUUUAGCCAUUAUUAUUACAAUAAUGUUAUUUUUACAAUAUUGGCUGUUACUGUGUUACUGGUUGCUACCACAUCUUUCUCAAUUUUCAGUCUCACUGACAUUACAAAGACCGUCUCUCUGGUCUUAAAUAUCGUCUCCUGGUUCUUAUAGUUCUAUUUCAGGAAUCUCAGUGACAAAAUAUGCAAAAUUAUCUGUGUGACGCAAGAAUGUAAUGUGAAUAUUACUGGUAGAAAUGCAGAGCAAAAGACACUGUACCUCAUAGAUCAACCUGUUCAAAGUGUGAUUAGAGCUGCGCAGAAACAAUCCGGACAUUUACACGAAAUGAAACAACAUUUUUAAAUAAUGAGCACACUGACAGCGUAGAUGUGUGAACACAUUUUUAUUCCAAAACACUGAUUUCAUCUGACUGCACACAGUUGAUCUUUAUAAAAAAAAGAGAAGAAAAGGCACAGAAUUUUCUGCUGUUUAUCUAACACAGCUUAAAAAGUGAAAUAAAACAAUGUGUUAGAUGAGCUCUUACUGUCUGCUUCAUAGAAAUUCACAUUGAAGUUAUUUUAAUAUUCCUGUUUGUGAUGCCUCCUGUUUUGUCAUAUUCUGUACAGUUAGUUUUAUAUAUUUUUGUUCACUGCAGAAAUCAUUCAGAUCCAACCAGUGUGAAAUGGAUGUACAUGCACUUUUUUAAAAAAGAAAUUAAAAGCUGUGAUUUUC